AUGAUCAACCCAGUCAUCCUCCUUGGGCCCAAGAACUCCGCAGCCAUCCUAAAAAAUGCAGUGGAGCUUCUGAAAUCGGGCAGUGUGAUUGCUCUUCCAACAGACACUUUAUAUGGGAUCGCUUGUCUGUCCCAAAGUUCAGAAGCUUUGAAAAAACUUUAUCAAAUCAAAUCGCGAGACAAGAAUAAACCGGUUGCUAUUUGCGUGUCGCAAGUUAGCGAAAUCGCCAAGUGGGGACACGUUACAGUAGAUGAACGUCUACUGCACGACCUUUUACCUGGACCCGUCACCCUUGUGUUCGAAAGAAGUCCUGCCUUGAAUCCUGAACUCAACCCCGGAACUAAACUUGUUGGCAUUCGAAUUCCGGACUCUUGGUUCAUUCGUCAACUGGCAAAUAGCUGUGCUGAACCUUUAGCGUUGACUAGCGCCAACAUCAGCGGAUCUCAGAGUACUCUAUCGGUGGAAGAAUUUCUAGGGAUUUGGGAGCAUCUCGGGGCUGUCUUCAACGGUGGCCCUAUUCCAGACGGCUCUACCGCUCGACUAGGAUCUACUGUUGUCGACUUGUCGUCACCUGGCACCUAUCGCAUCAUUCGUCCUGGCUGUGCUCAAACAAUUACAGUGGAAAAGCUGAAGAAAUACGGAUUGGUUGAAGCUAGUGAACCAGCGUCUGAAAACGUUUAG